CGCCAUAAAUCCCAACGUGGAAAUCGUGACAAUUUGUAGUAUCUCAAGAUGAAUUUCCACUAUUUAGGACUCUUCUUUUUCCUUUAAAAUGGUCUUAACAAAAUCUUAUCUGCGUUACGUCGAAGCUGGAAUCUUUGGCGUAGUGGGAAGUGCUAGAGCUAAUGUGUGUCUUGUUCAAAGUGGCGAGAAAAGACGUGAAAUUUGCCGCGCGAUUGUUCCCGCACUAGAAAAUCUAUAUAUUUGGGACGCUAGACUUGGCGAAAAAGUGAAUGUCUUACAAGGUAACAAGAGCGAAGUGACAUGUCUCUGCCUCAGUCCUGACUCUGAACAUCUUGCUGUUGGGUAUGGCGAUGGUGUCAUCAGAAUUUGGAAUAUAAAUAAUGGUACAUCGUCAGUGACAUUUAGGUUUAUCGUACAGUUGCUGCAAUUGUUCAGCACGUUUUUGACUGGUUAAAAGACUCAUGGUGAAAAGAUUCAGGUGAAAAGGCUCAGGUGAAAAGACAAAAGUAUCAUGAGAAAGCUGAUGGGCAUAUAUCAUAUAUGAAUGAGAACAGUAUUGUAUACAAUGCACUGUUUACCUUCUUUAUUUUUUUGGUUUUCAGAAUUGGAGCCACCUCAAAUAGUAGUAGAUUUUUAGCACAUUUUGAUGCAUUGAUGUAUUGUGUGUAAUAAUGCAAAAAACAAUCAUUAAACAGUAUAACCAUUUUUGGCUAAAUACACACUUGCAUUUUCGUUA